AUGGACUCUCCUCACUGGGCUCGGAGCUCUGGGCAGCCCUGGAGUGCUGCUGGGUCUCUGUGGGGCUGGGCAGUGUCGAGGCUACAGCUGGACUGGACAACAAGGUUCUUUCAGGAGGAUGAAGAGAUGCUGAUUCUGACCCACAGUGAUGAGUUGAACACAACCUAUGGUGAGGAAAACAGAUUGCCUUUUGACAACAUCACAAACAAAAAUAAUACAAGCUGUGAUGACACCAGGAGAAACAGACGGACUGAGCAAGAUAAUCCCAGUGUGAGGGAAAGACCAGCUUCUAACCUGAUGGGAUCCACCAGCAACUCAUGGCAGAAGAGUCCUGCUUUUAAAGAAACCAGAGCUACUGUAAUCUCCUCUGGACCCAGUACCAUCACCAUAACAUCAGCAGUUUCCCCUGCAGACCCCCUUUGGCUCAAAAACACCAGACAUUAUGGCAAAAGAGUAAGAUCCGCUGAAAAGAAAGCUGACACGAUGGGCAGCGACAGCGAGGAGAACCCGAGUUUCAACCAGAACCAGGGUAGCAAGAGAAGAUCCUUCCAGCUGGCUGGGCUGCUUAGAGGGAAUAUGCAAAAACAGAGACUUUCUAAAGAUAGAGAGGAGAAAAUUGAAGGAGAGGGAACUGCAGAGGGGACUUCUCAGGUCGGUACCAGCUUUGAAGAAGAGCGAGCAGGGAUGAUUUUAGCUAAUCCAGUUCAGAGCCCCAAUUCCGCCACCACAGGUCUGAAUCCUACGGCCACCAUCACUGCCUGGGAGGCUGGCUGGAAUGUCACAAAUGCUAUACAGGGUAUCUUCGUGUUGGGUUUACCCUUUGCUCUGGUCCAGUCAGGUUAUGUGGGUCUUGUUCUGCUGGUUCUGUCGGCCUGGAUCUGUAACCACACAGGGAGGAUCCUGGUGGCCUGUCUAUAUGAAGAGGAACAAAGUGGAGGGUCUGGCUCGGUGGCAAAGAUCCGAGUCCGACACAGUUACCAGGACAUAGUGGAAGCGUGCUGCAAAGGACUGUGGCCCCACUGGCCUGGACUGGGGGGGUGGAUGGUUAAUUUGGCUCAGAUGAUUGAACUGUUAAUGACCUGUACCCUGUAUCUAGUCGUCUCCACCAGUCUGUUGUCUGAGAGUCUAUCAGGAAUGGCUCUUCCUAGAUCCGUGUGUUCUCUGGUGUCUCUGAUGUUCCUGCUGCCCUGUCUGCUGCUGACUGAUCUCAGACCAGUCUCCACCCUCAGUCUGCUCUGCUCCCUGGCUCACAUACUGAUCAGCCUGUUGGUCAUGCUAUACUGUCUGAGUCGAGCCAGCAGCUGGUCCUGGUCCUCUCUGUCCCUGUCUGUGGACCCGGAGGACUUUCUCGUCUCGGUGGGCGUCAUCAUCUUCUCCUACACCUCGCAGAUCUUCCUCCCUCCUCUAGAGGGCAGUAUGGAGGAUAGAGGGCAGUUUGAUGCCAUGCUGGGGUGGACUCAUGGUGCCGCCUGCAUCAUGAAAACAAUGUUCUCAUUACUGGCUGUGGUGACCUGGGGGGCAGAAACCAGUGAGGUCAUCACAGACAACCUGCCCUCUGACCUUCGACCUCUCGUCAACCUGUGUCUGCUGGCUAAAGCCCUGCUGUCCUACCCUCUGCCAUUCUACUCUGCUGCUGAAAUACUACAAACGUGUCUGCUUGGAGAUGCUGUUGUCUCAUCCUACUCCAAACACGGAGGUCGAGGUGUGUCUCUUCCGGCCCUGUUGGUCCGCUGUGCCUUGCUGAUGACAUCAUACCUACUGGCCCUGCUAGUCCCCAGAUUCUCCCUAUUGAUGGGUUUGACAGGCAGUGUGACCGGGGCGGCUAUGACGCUCAUACUGCCUUGCCUGUUUCACCUCAGACUGCAGUGGGGCCGCCUAUCUGUGAGGACUCGGCUGACAGAUGUGUGUAUACUGAGUCUAGGGGUCAUCUGCAGUGUGUCUGGUGUGAUUUGUUCAGUGAAAAGACUGGUGGAGGCACUGUAG